CAUGUUAAUGCAAUGAUGGACUUCAUGAAGCGUGGAUAUUCAGAGAAUAAUGAUGGCUCUUUUAAUGAAUGUUUUGAUGAGAAUGAUCUGGCCAUGGCUAUUAAAUCCUUAAAUUGUAAUGAAAUCCUGUGCUUAGGGCUGAUGUGGAAAAGUCAGUCCACCCCAGUUGGGAUCGAACCAACGACGCCCCACUUGCCGGGCGAUUGCUCUAAAACUGAGCUAUAGGACCGACUGGCUUUAUCACAUCAACAUUGCAUAUAUAGCAUUGCAGCCAUGUCUUACAUGCCCAUUUCCUGGACCCCGCAUAAGUUACCUGUCUUUCCAGGUUGUCAAUCAUUCUAUUCAUGAUGUCACGUGGACUUUCCCACGGGUCAUUCUCCCUACGGAGAAGUAGUAUGAGUAAAUGAAAACACAGAAUGAAAUCCUGUGCUUAGGGCUGAUGUGGAAAAGUCAGUCCAUCCCAGUUGGGAUCGAACCAACGACGCCCCACUUGCCGGGCGAUUGCUCUAAAACUGAGCUAUAGGACCGACUGGCUUUUCCACAUCAACAUUGCAUAUAUAGCAUUGCAGCCAUGUCUUACAUGCCCAUUUCCUGGACCCCGCAUAAGUUACCUGUCUUUCCAGGUUGUCAAUCAUUCUAUUAAUGAUGUCACGUGGACUUUCCCACGGGUCAUUCUCCCUACGGAGAAGUAGUAUGAGUUAAUGAAAACACAAAAUGAAAUCCUGUGCUAAGGGCUGAUGUGAAAAAGUCAGUCCACCCCAGUGGGGAUCGAACCCACGACAGUCACCAAUUACAUAAUUCUGUCAAAGAAAGAUUUUGGGCUCUCCUGGAUCACCAAAUCUAGCUCAUUAUAUCAUGGCAUCUCAGGGCUGAGAAGAAACGAGAUGUCAUGGUUUAUGAUUUGUUUAAUCUGUCAUCGUAUAUCAAACUGAAAAUUUCACCAUAUUGUUACACAUGUUGCAUUUGUCACAUAUGGAUUGACUGUUCAAUUCUUGAUGUUAAUUGACAAGUGAAAAAAAAUAUCAAUGAAACCCGUGGAUAGACAAAACUUUAUAUGUUAAACAGCAUAGAGUAGUGACACGGUUAAAGCAAAGUCUAGAAAUGUAUCCAAUGUCUCGACAAAAAGCAUUUUUAUCAAUGAUGUUGAUACUAGGCGUUAUAUCAGUCAUCAAUUGGUUCGUAAUUACAAAAAAUAUGGGGAAGUCAAAAUUGAUUUUGCCUCAACUUAAAAUAACAGCUAACAAGUUAACAAGGAUAAAUCGAGUACCAGUUGAUGGAAACGAUACUGUUAAAAUUCAACAAAUAAUUAGCAAUGAUAAAAUUGCUAACGUGAGUAAUAAAAUCGUUGAAAGAGGUUGGGUUUCUGUACGUAAAAUGGGCAGAAUAGGAAAUAAUAUGUUUCAGUUUGCGGCCGUACUUGCAGUGUCAAAACGCAAUAACAUGACACCUGUUUUCCCGAAGGAAAUCCUCGAUGGGAUAUUUAACAUUGACCGAUCUGGGAUUAUAUUAGAUCGGGAAAUGAAAAAUUCUCUUCCGACAAUUUCAGUGUCUGAGAUGAGAUAUCGCAAUUAUGAUAAAAAAAUCUGGAACAAUUUUACAGAAAAUACCAACAUUAUAAUCUGUUGUUAUAUGCAGUCGUGGAAAUACCAUGUUGAAAUCCAAGAAGAGCUAAAGCGGCACUUUCGAUUUAAAUCAUCAAUUGAUAAUAUAGCUACAAAGUUUAUUGAUAGCGUCUACAGAGACAUUGGAACAAGACCUAAGAAUAAGCAACCCGCAUUGGUUGGAAUACAUGUACGGAGGACUGAUAUGGCAACAAAGCAAAAACGUAAACCACAAUUUGGAUUUGUUGUUGCGCCGAAACAAUAUUUUGAGAAUGCGAUAAAACAUUUCAGAAGCAAAUAUAAGCAGGUUCACUUCGUAGUAUGCUCUGAUGAUAUAAAAUGGGCACAAGAUAAUAUUCGAUCAACAAAUAUGACGUUUUACACAGCUAGUGAAUCACCUGGAGUGGAUCUCGCAAUAUUGUCACACUGUGAUCAUAUCAUUAUGUCAGUCGGAACAUUCUCAUGGUGGGCCGCGUGGUUAUCUGGUGGAGAAGUUGUCUAUUACGCUGGAUACCCCAGGCCUAAAAGUAAAAUUGGACGAAACUUUGUUGCUAGUGACUACUACUUCCCACAUUGGAAGCCAAUGUUUUGAAUUUUUUAUCCCAUACUGCAUCAUUUUAAUUAGCGAUUGGCAAUUGAAGGGAUAUAUAUAUUGUAAUAUCUUG